GGCAAAGGUUGUAACCAAUCAGUUUCAUGGCCGUUAUAUACAGUAAGCAUCUGUGGACAUGGCUUCUAAUUACAAAGGGUUGAAGAUGCACCUGUUUAUUAAUUAUCCGUUAUUUAUCUUGAUGCUUUUUGCGCAUUUCGGAGGCGGUCAGAAGAAAAAAGAGAACAUGCUGGCAGAGAAAGUUGAGCAGCUGAUGGAAUGGAGCUCCAGGCGGUCAGUUGUCCGUAUGAAUGGAGACAAAUUUAGGAGAUUUGUUAAAGCUCCUCCACGUAACUACUCUAUCAUUGUGAUGUUCACAGCUUUGCAGCCUCAGAGGCAGUGUUCUGUCUGCAGGCAAGCUAAUGAAGAAUACCAGGUGCUGGCUAACUCAUGGCGUUAUUCAUCUGCUUUUUCUAACAAACUCUUCUUCACUGUGGUGGACUAUGAUGAGGGGGCGGAUGUGUUUCAGCAGCUCAACAUGAAUUCAGCCCCAACGUUCAUGCAUUUUCCUCCAAAAGGAAAGCCCAAGAGAGCAGACACAUUUGACCUGCAACGAAUUGGUUUUGCAGCAGAACAGCUUGCUAAAUGGAUAGCCGACAGAACUGAUGUGCAGAUUCGAGUGUUUAGACCACCAAAUUAUUCAGGUACAAUUGCACUGGCUCUUCUGGUGUCAUUAGUUGGUGGCUUACUCUACCUACGAAGAAAUAAUCUGGAGUUUAUAUACAACAAAACUGGAUGGGCAAUGGCAGCACUGUGUGUUGUGUUUGCAAUGACGUCUGGACAAAUGUGGAAUCAUAUCAGAGGCCCACCUUAUGCACAUAAAAAUCCCCAGAAUGGACAAGUGAGUUAUAUCCAUGGGAGCAGCCAGGCCCAAUUUGUUGCAGAAUCUCACAUCAUAUUGCUACUGAAUGCUGCUAUCACCAUGGGGAUGGUCCUUCUGAAUGAAGCUGCUACUUCCAAAGGAGAUGUUGGCAAAAGGAGAAUUAUCUGCCUUGUGGGACUUGGCUUGGUUGUGUUUUUCUUCAGUUUUCUCUUGUCCAUAUUCAGGUCAAAAUAUCACGGAUAUCCUUACAGCUUUUUAAUUAAGUGAGUAAAGUGGUUACCUUCAUGAAAAGAAGACAGCUCUUGCCCAAGAUUGCUACUAAGCAGCUAACUCUAAACUAUUUAAAAUUACAUAAAAUGUCAAAUUUGCAUGAAUUUUGAUAAUUGUAGUGUGUUGUGGGCUUAAUAAAUUUAUUAUCUAAUUUAAUUGUUUUCCUUUUGUUUUUGUGGUUGACAAAGGUAAAACACAAUUCAUUAAUUUAAACAAAUCUUUUCCUUAUAAUUACCCCCACGUUUUUUCCACUGCACUAAGCAAUGGAUAAAACUUUAUAGCAUUUUGCUUGAAAUUACAUGGUUGUAAAAAGAAUAUAUAAAAUAUAUGAAAAUGCAUUUUAUUGUUUUAGUAACAUGGAUGCUGAAACAAUUGUGAGUUUGUUUUUCAUUAUGCAUCAAACAUUGCAAACACAUUUCAGAAUUCUUUUUAUAUCCUUGCACACAAUCUGCAACAAAUUGCUUCAGUUUGUGUUUACUGUUUUAUCAGCAAAUUCCACCUGGAAGUAAAAAUUAAUUUUCUACCCA